AUGCCACGCAGGCGCAAGCGGCAUCGGGGCGAGGAAGAAAGCGCCGAUGCCCCCACCACAACUGCGCCGCCCGAACUCGACACUGUGGCCCCAGCUCUUCAGCAGCAGUCUUUUUUGGUAACGUCGAAAUCACAUCGUCGCCGUGCGACUGCGGUCACGCCAUCGUUUUUGUUUGCGCCGAUCACAGUUCUUCCGCCGUGGCAGCGUGUGGCGCUUUCAACAUUGUGCCGACUACAUGAGAGUCAGGCGAACGAGCACCGUGCGGCCGCUCAUGGGCGUACGCUGCAGAGGGAUCUCACGCGCUAUCAUGAGGACCUCCAACGGCGUGAGGAUCGUCUGCGCGCCAAGCAGCGAGAGACGAGAGCAAGGCUUGGUAACAAGUUGUUUACAGCUAUUGAGAAACAGUGGGCACGGCGCGGCGAUGUGUUUCAGCAGCUUCUAUGUGUGGAGUUUGAUGAGGUGAAGCGGCGGCAGACGGAGCGGCGACAGGAAGACCUCCUUCGUGAGGCGGAGAACACCACGCGCACGCUGCUUGAUGAUAUAUUUUCUGAGACCAAACCUCCGUCUCUUCCUUCUGCCCAUGGCGAUGACGAUGACGCCAACACGGCGGCAGUUACAGCUGCGCUGCAGAACAGUGACAUGACGGGAGGCAUGAGUGGGUCUGUGCUGGAGAGCUCCCUCUCUUUGCUUGACACGCAGAAUGGACGACGGCCACUGCGUGACUACCAACGCUCCGCACUGCGUUGGAUGACAAACCUCUAUACGAAGAAGCUGAAUGGCAUCCUGGCUGACGAAAUGGGGCUUGGCAAGACGAUUCAAACCAUUGCUCUGCUUGCUUUUUUUGCCGAGUACAAAAACGAUUGGGGGCCACACCUCAUCGUUGUGCCUACGACGGUCGUGCUCAACUGGAAGGCGGAGUUUCAACGCUGGUGUCCAGGGCUGAAGGUACUCGUCUACAUUGGUUCCCGCAAGGAGCGACACCGCCUGCGCAAAGGCUGGAUGGGAGAGGAUGCGUUUCACGUUUGCAUCACCUCCUACAAUCUGAUGGUGACGGAGCGGGCAGUGUUUCGCCGACGGCCAUGGGGAUUUCUUGUACUUGACGAAGCGCAUCAAGUGAAGAAUUUUAUGAGUAAGAAAUGGCAAUCGCUCUUUGAUUUGCAGGCGGAGUAUCGCCUGUUAUUGACAGGGACGCCGCUGCAGAGCUCGGUCAUGGAGUUGUGGUCGCUCUUUCACUUUCUACUGCCAUCUGCAUCUGCCUUUAGCUCCAACGAGGAGUUUCGAGAAUGGUUCAGCAACCCCAUGGAGGACAUGGUGACGGGGCGUACGUCCCUCAAUGAGGAGGUUGUACGCCGUCUUCAGUCGCUGCUGAGGCCUUUUAUGCUGCGCCGGCUGAAGAAAGAUGUGGAGUCUCAACUCCCCUCCAAGACGGAGAAAGUGGUCGUGUGUCGCCUUUCCCGGCGUCAAAGGCUUUUGUAUGAUGAUUACAUGCAGCUUACGGAAACGCGGGAACGUAUUCGAGGCGGGGCCGGUGGGGUGCUGGGGGUGUUGUUGGCGCUCCGCAAGGUCUGCAACCACCCUGACAUGUUUGAAGAGCGUCGGACGCUUUCCCCUCUGGCUCUGGAUUGCCUCAGUGAAAUCACGCUUCUGGUGCCACGUGACAUUUUGCUUCGGGGCAAUGACUUUAGUGGUCGCUAUCGCUUCCAGAAGUGGCGCCUCUGCGUGGAGGAUGUGUCCCUUGCGCUGGAGCGCAGCGACGACAUGUUGUUUGAUGACGCAUGGUUGGAUUGCAUGUGGCUGCGCCUAUUGUUGAAUGACCAGCCACUUGAGUGCCCCUUGUCACGGUACUCUGCAGCGAAUUUCCGUUGGCCAGUCGAUGCUUCCGUGGAGAAGAUCGUGGGGAGCGAUAGGAAAGAUUGCUUUAGCGACGCUGUGUGGUCCAUGAUGUGUCAACAAGUUCGAGAGCAACAAGCAUGCGCCCAUCAACGCUAUGCGACGACAGCCACCAUUCAAGCUCAACAAUACCAACGCAUGGAAACUGCAGUGCGUGUGUGGUACCCUCGCUCUAUUGAGAUUGUAUCCUACCAAGGGCUCGGUACUCUCCCACCACGGCUGCACCCGGAUGUUGCGCAGCGUGCUUGCGCCAUUUUUCCUAUUGCACAAAAGGUUGCGGUGUAUGUCCCUCGCGUUGCGGCCGUGCACCCACCACGUCUGCACUGCAGGCUUCCUGUGGCACAUUACCUGGCGUUUCGUUCGCACACUCGGGAAAGUUUGGCGCCGCUGCUUGCAAUUAGUAAGUCGCCUAGUAAUUAUCACACACGACGUGGCGUCUUUGACGCCUCCUCGUUUCUUGCUGAGUUGUGGCCGUUGCAUGUGCGCCGCUGCUUCACUUUUCCAGACAAACGGCUGCUGAUCCACGACUGUGGCAAGCUGCAAUUCCUGCAACAUGCCCUCAAACAACUGCGUCGCGAUGGUCACAGAAUGCUCAUCUUCACGCAGUUUGUGCAAAUGUUGAAUAUUCUGGAACGGUUUUUGUCCAUCGUUGGCAUUCCAUACCUUCGAAUUGACGGAAGCACCCCCGCUGAGAAAAGGCAGGCCUUUGUGGAUCGCUUUAACGACGACGAUCGCAUCACGUGCAUGAUUCUUUCCACACGCUCAGGCGGAAUAGGCCUAAACCUCACAGGCGCUGACACCGUUAUAUUUUAUGACAGCGACUGGAACCCAACGAUGGAUCUGCAGGCGCAGGAUCGGUGCCACCGCAUUGGUCAAACGAAGCCGGUGACGAUCUACCGCCUGAUCAGUGAACACACAGUGGAGGAGAACAUCUUGCAGAAGGCACGGGAGCGUAAGAAGCUUAACAAUGUCGUCAUUCGCGGCGGGCAGUUUCACGCCAUGGCAAGUGUGGAUGAAGUGUACGAGGACAGUGCGGCGGCAUUCGCGGCGCUCUCCGACCCGGUGCGCCUUCGAAGUUUUUUCCACGACCUGGAUGAGGAUGCCACCGUCAUGGAACACCAAUGUCCGCGAGGUGAAUUGCAUGGUAAGGACUCGAGCAUGAAAGAGCCGGUGGAUAUUCGAGCAGAGAUGAUGCGGCUUGAAGACCAGGAAGAUCGUGAGGCGCAGCAGAAUGUGGAGGAGGAAUUGCGGGAGCUGGAGGAGCAGAAGCGAAACGAUGAGGCCGAGUUGGGCGCUGAAGACGAAGAAGGGGAUGACGCAGACGCCGACGAAGAAGGUACACCAGGAGAAGGAAGAAAAAGAAAACGAAGGAGGGAAGAAACGGAGGAGGAGCGAGAGGAGGGACUGAUGCAGCUCCCGAUGACGGAUAAUAAUAACGACAAUAAUGUUGCCUUGGUUGACACGCACGCCGGUGUCCCACGUGGGGCGUCACCGAUGGUGGUCCACAGGCGGCGUGAUAUUAUGCGGCGGCAACGUACCCCACUUGAUCGUCUUCUUUCCGUACGGUUUGCCACCUGUCACCCGGCAGAGGCAAGAAAUCGCUAUGAUGCCUUGUGUGAGACCUACGCAGCCCACGUGGGGGAGAAUGAGCUACCACAAUUCACAACGGCAUUUCAGCUGUAA